AGAGGAAGUCUAAACAUCCUUUUCCAACUCUUAAUCACAGUUGGGAUCUCGAUUGCCAACCUUGUUAAUUACUGGGCUUCUUCCUUACACCCAUGGGGUUGGAGGCUCUCUCUUGGCCUUGCUGGUGUACCUGCGGCCUUGCUAUGCUUCGGCUCAUUGCUCAUUGUGGAGACACCAACAAGCUUGAUAGAAAGAGGGAAGAGUGAGAAGGGGAAGGCCACUCUUGAGAGAAUUAGAGGGACUAAGAAUGUCGAACCCGAAUUCCAGCAGCUUGUUAAGGCAUGUGAGACUGCGAGUGAAGUUAAGCACCCCUACCACAGGCUUAUGAGGCGUGACGGUCAUCCACGUCUGUUUAUCUCUAUCAUCCUGCAGGUGUUUCAGCAGUUGACAGGGAUCAAUGCCAUCAUGUUCUAUGCCCCCGUGCUCUUCCAGACCAUGGGCUUCAAGAAUGACGCCUCACUCUUGUCUGCUGUGAUCACAGGUUUAGUUAAUGUCAUCGCCACCUUCGUCAGCAUUGCCAUUGUUGACAGGGUUGGAAGGAAGGCUUUGCUCCUCCAAGCUGCAGUCCAGAUGUUCAUUUGCCAGGGUGCCAUUGGGAUCAUUCUAUUAAAGGAUCUCCACUUAACAAACUCCCUAAACCCCACUGUUGCAAUUGUGGUGGUGAUACUGGUGUGCUGCUAUGUUGCUUCCUUUGCGUGGUCAUGGGGACCGCUAGGGUGGCUCAUCCCUAGUGAGAUCUUCCCUCUAGAGACAAGAUCAGCUGGCUUUUCCUUUGCUGUUUGCUCCAACAUGCUUUUCACAUUCCUCAUUGCACAAGCCUUUCUAUCUAUGAUGUGCCACUUAAAAGCCGGCAUCUUCUUCUUCUUUGCUGGGUGGAUUCUAAUAAUGGGGACUUUUGUAGUCUUUUUCUUGCCGGAGACUAAGGGUGUUCCUAUCGAUCAGAUGACAGAGAGGGUGUGGAAGAAGCAUUGGCUUUGGGCCAGGUUCAUGGCAGAGGAGACUAACAGAGUUUGAAGCCACUAAAUCAAGUUCAUGGGAGUUCAAAGCUACAAAGUAUACUAAGAAGGCAAUGUCUUUGUAAUUUUUCCUUCUUUUUUCUAUGUAAAGUUGCCGUAUGAUUUCUUCAAUAUAUGGAUUCUCAUAAUGGGGACCUUUGUGGGUGUUCCUAUAUAUCAGAUUACAGAGGGUUGAAAGAAGCAUUGGCUAUAAGCCAUGUUCAUGGCAGCAGAGUCUAGAAAAGUUUGAAGCCCGUAAAUCAAUUUCAUGGCAGGGAUGUCUAGCAGAGC